AUGGAAGGACUUUUGAAAGAAGAAAAUGAAUGGGAUAAUGAUGUUAGUUGUGCAAAGGUAGAAGGUGAAGGGUGUAAAUUUGGCAAGGAUGAGAUAAAGAGAGCAGUGAAAAAGAUGAAAAAAGGGAAGGCAGCGGCCAAUCAAAUUCUUACAGAAAGAACUAUCCCCGAGGAUUGGCGAAGAAGUAUAAUUAUCCCAGUAUACAAGGGGAAAGGUGAUCCUUUAGAUUGUGGGUCUUGUACAACUUUCAAACUCUUGAAACAUGCAAUGAAGUUUGGUUUUACAUCGGGGAAAAGCACGACAGAUGCAAUUUUUGUGGUGAGACAAAUACAGGAGUAUCUUGCGAAUGAAAAGAAAUUGUAUUAUGCGUUUGUUGAUUUGAUGAAAGCAUUUGACAGGGUGCAACGCGAGAUUAAUAGAUGGGCCUUGAGAAAAUCAGGUAUGGAGGAAUGGUUGGUUAUGGAAGUGAUAGAAAUUUAUGUGGGAGCACAAACUGCAGUACGGAAGGAUGAUGGAGAUAGUAAAAGCUUUGAAGUGAAAAACGUGCAUAAAAGGGUACAAAAUAAUGAUAACGUAGAAAAUGGUGGUCUGGAUAUUGGCAAUGGGUUAACCUUAGGGAAAGUGGAUAAGUUUUGUUAUUUGGGUUAUAUGCUAAAUGCAGAUGGUGGUGUAGAUUCUGCCAUUGUUGCAAGGGUCAGACAAGCAUCGAAGAAGUUCAAAGAGAUGUCGUCUAUUCUAACAAAUACAAAGUCUCUCUGA